AUGGCGAGUUUAGCAUCAUCUGCGUUUAGGCAGGCGGGCCGCCGCCUUGGCCCCCGAAAUACGUUGUCAUCGAGGAUCUGGCAGAGCUAUUCCAGGAUCGCAUCCCCCGUCCUGCCCUCUAUCGCUCGUCGGGGCUACGUGUCGGAGUCGAAGAAGGACGAGGCUCAGGCUCUAGGCGAGGCCGCCAUCAAGGUGAACAAUCCGCCAUUCUCUUCAUCCUCUGCUGCGGCAGCUCAGGCCCGAGAUCCCUCGACGGGCUCGAUUUCUGGCCUCGUCAAGGACGCUUCCAUAUUAGAUCAGGGCGCUCGCCCCAUUUACCUCGACAUGCAGGCGACUACCCCGGUCGAUCCUAGAGUCCUGGAUGCCAUGCUUCCCUUCUAUGUCGGUGAAUAUGGCAACCCCCAUUCACGGACCCACGCCUACGGCUGGGACAGUGAGAAGGCCGUCGAGGUUGCCCGCGCCCAUGUGGCGAGUCUCAUCGGAGCCGAUCCGAAAGAGAUCAUCUUCACCAGCGGCGCUACCGAGAGCAACAAUAUGAGUAUCAAGGGUGUUGCGAGGUUCUUCAAGCGAUCGGGCAAGAAGAACCACAUCAUUACCAGCCAAACCGAGCACAAGUGCGUCCUCGACAGCUGCAGGAAUCUCCAGGACGAGGGCUUCGAGGUCACCUACCUCCCUGUGCAGCCCUCGGGUCUCAUCAAACUGGAAGACCUCGAGGCUGCUAUCCGACCUGAGACCUGCUUGGUCAGUAUCAUGGCUGUCAACAACGAGAUUGGUGUUAUUCAAUCGCUCGAGGAAAUUGGAAAGCUCUGCAGGAAGCACAAGGUCUUCUUCCACACCGACGGCGCACAAGCCGUUGGGAAGAUCCCCCUCGAUGUCAAUGCUAUGAACAUUGAUUUGAUGUCCAUUUCCUCGCACAAGAUCUACGGCCCCAUGGGUAUUGGUGCCUGCUACGUCCGCAGGCGACCCCGUGUCAGAUUGGAGCCCAUUAUUUCUGGCGGUGGCCAAGAGCGAGGCUUGAGGAGCGGUACCCUUGCGCCGCCUCUAGUUGUCGGUUUCGGCGAGGCCUGCCGCAUCGCCAAAGAUGAGAUGGAGUAUGAUUCGAAGCGCAUCAAGUUCCUCUCCGAUCGUCUCCUCAACGGUCUCCUCUCCAUGGAGCAUACGCAUCAGAAUGGUGAUCCCAACCACUUCUACCCCGGCUGUGUGAACGUCUCCUUCGCCUACAUCGAGGGCGAGUCCCUUCUCAUGGCGCUCAAGGAUAUUGCCCUGUCGUCCGGAAGCGCCUGUACCUCGGCUUCUCUAGAGCCUAGCUACGUCCUCCGCGCGUUGGGCAGCAGCGAUGAGAGUGCCCACAGUAGCAUCCGCUUCGGUAUCGGACGGUUUACGACCGAAGACGAGAUCGAUUACGUCCUUGAGGCCGUGAGGAACCGAGUCCAGCAUCUUCGCGACAUCAGCCCUCUCUGGGAGCUUGUGCAAGAGGGUAUCGAUCUCGACACGAUCCAAUGGAGCCAGCACUAA